CAGUAAAGAUGAAAGUGCUAAUCAUUUUGGCUGCAUGCCUUAUUGGCAGCGCAAUCGCGUCCACCAACCAAGUUGAUUGGUCUAAAGUGGCCUCGUUGGAUGUACAUCCACAAAUACCAUUAAAUCCCCGUAUGCCUAUCAACGGUAACACAGGACGUAUUACCAAUGGCAAUUUGGCGGAACCUAUGCAAUUCCCCUAUCAAGUUGGUUUAUUGUUGUACUUUGCCGCAGGUUCUGCUUGGUGCGGCGGUAGCUUGAUCUCUGAUCGUUGGGUGGUUACAGCUGCCCAUUGCACAGACGGGGCAACUGGCGUUGACGUAUAUUUGGGCGCUUGGAAUCGCACUGAUAAAACAGAAAAUAACCAACAAAUUGUUUACGUAUCUGCGAAGAAUAUAGUCAUUCAUGAAGAUUGGGAUUCUAGUCUUCUUUUGAACGACAUUUCCCUUAUUAAAUUUCCAGUUUCUAUUGAAUUUAACGAAUACAUCCAACCAGUUGCUUUGCCUAAAAUAUCAUCCUCAUACUCAACCUACGAAGGCGAACAAGUGAUUGCCUCUGGAUGGGGAAAGAUUAGCGACAGUGCCACAAGUGCCACCGAUGUAUUGCGCUGGGUUGAGGUACCCAUUAUGUCCAAUACUGUAUGCAACAGGUGGUUCCUCGGCGCAGUUUACUCAACGCAUAUCUGCAUUAAGACUACUGGUGGCACUUCCACUUGCAAUGGUGACUCCGGCGGUCCAUUGGUAUACAACGAUGGCGAAGAGACUGUGUUGAUUGGAGCCACUUCUUUUGGCAUUGCCCUUGGAUGUGAAGUUGGCUGGCCAGGUGUAUUUACUCGCAUCACUUCAUACUUGGAUUGGAUUGAAUCCAAUUCUGGUGUUGUAAAUAAAUAAAACAAACUGUUGACCCGUAAAAAAAUAUAGCGUAUUUAUACGUACACAUGUAUGUACAUAAAAGAUAAAUAAGACCCAGUUUUAUUCGAUGAGAAUUUAGAAUUUAGUAGAACAUUUUUAUAAAAAUCAGUGUGUAUGUUUGAGUUUAUUUUAAUUAUAUUGUACAUAAAUCAUUAAUUACUCAUUGCUCAUAUUUUCCUAGAGGCACAAAUAGUUAUAGAA